UCUUUAGAUGCUAGAUGAGAGUGUGUUAGAAAAAUUUUAGAACGCUGUUAUUUAACUCAGAAUGUGAGGAUGAUAAUAAGUUUAAUGAUUCUAUCUAUUUAUUCUUCCACCAAACGCUACCAAUUGGCGGCUAGGGUUUUGCGGUGUCUCACUCUGACCAAACCCUAGAGCUCUCGGACCCAUCCAUGGCGAUCUCGUCUCGGGCAGUCGCGUGCUAGGUUUGUUAUCGGGGUUUGGGGAUUGGAGCGCUAGUGUUUUCACCCGUGUCGUGCGCGCGGAAAUGGCCUCGAGGAACCAGUUCGAUCUGCUCGGCGACGUCGACAACGACGACCCGUCCCAACUCAUCGCCGCCGCUGAGAAGAAGGCGCCCGCGUCGCCUAAGCCGGCGGCGCCCGCGUCGGCCAAGCUGCCCACCAAGCCUCCGCCGCCCGCGCAAGCUGUGAGGGAGGCAAGGAACUACGGUGCUCCACCUCGCGAUGGAGCUGGACGCGGUGGUCCAGGACGUGGAAGAGGCGGGCGUGGAGGCCGGACUGCUCCAAGGCGAGAUUUUGGCGACGCUGAUGCCAACAGUUUUGAGGGGGGAUAUGGUGGUGGCUUUGGAGACAGUGGGGUGGCUCGUGGUGAAAAUGGCGAGGGCAGGCAGGCAGAGAGGGGCCGUGGCCCACGCCAGCCUUACCGUGGAGGUGGCCACCGUGGUGGCUAUACUGAUGGGCAGGAUGGGGGUGACUUUGGACGUCCACGCAGGGCAUAUGAGCGCCACAGCGGCAAUGGCCGUGGCUAUGAAAUGAAGCGUGAGGGGGCUGGGCGUGGCAAUUGGGGAACUGUGACUGAUGAAGGCAUUGCACAGGACACUGUGGAUGCUGUUAACAUUGAGGAGGUUGCUGCUGUGGUGAAGGAUGAGAAGAAGCCUGAAGAUGCACCACAGUCUGAGGUUGGGAAGGACAAUGAAGGUGCGGAGAAUGAAGAGGAAGAAAAGGAACCUGAGGAUAAGGAGUUGACUUUGGAGGAGUAUGAGAAAGUACUGGAGGAGAAACGGAAAGCAUUACUUGCACUCAAGGCUGAAGAGAGAAAAGUUGAAAUCGAUAAGGAGCUGCAGUCCAUGCAACAACUGUCUGUUAAAAGGGAUGCUGAUGAAGCGUUUAUCAAGCUGGGCUCUGACAAGGACUUGAAAAAGAAAGAAAAUGCUGAAAGAGAUGAGCGUGCCAAGAAGUCCCUUAGCAUCAACGAAUUCUUGAAGCCAGCUGAAGGUGAGAGGUAUUAUAGCCCUGGUGGCCGCGGGCGUGGAGAGCGCGGGGGAUUCCGCGGUGGUUACAACUGUGGCUAUCCGGGACCAGCUCCAAUGAUCCAAGACCCGUCUCAGUUCCCUACACUAAGUGGGAAAUGAAGGAACCCAUGCUCUGCCCUGGUCUCAGUUAUCUGCUCAAGAUGUUGUUGAGUCUUCUCAUCUCCGCGUCAGUACUGUGCUGCUGCUGCUGCUUUGAUCUGUCACUAUCUUUUUUAACCCCUAACCUUGCGCUUUUUACUCUAAAGAGUCCUGCGUGAUGGAUUGCGUCUGUAUCGUGUUGCAAACUCAAAGCAACGCCAGCGUCUGUAUCAAGUUGUCAAGCAAUGAGAUUCAUUCCACAUCAACAA